GGCGGGGGCGGGGCGCGGGGAGCCAGCCGGGAUGCCGCCGCCGCGGCGGGACCGGUCCGGGUCCGGGUGGCGCUCCACGAGUGCGGAUAGCAGGGCGGCCCGGGGCGCGGCGGCUGCAGCGAGAGCUCACUGAGUGCCCUCCCGCCAUGUCCAGGAAGAAGACCCCCAAAGGCAAGGGGGCCAGCGCUCCCGCUGCCUCCGCGCUGCCCGCAGCCAAUGGGCCCCGGCCGGCUCUCCCCGGGACUGCGCGCCCCGGCCCCGGAACGCCGCACAACGCGCCCCCGCAGCCCGGCCGGCCCCCAGUUGGCAGCGGCGGCGACUUCUACGACGUCGCCUUCAAGGUGAGCCGCCCCCACACCCCACACGAGCGCAGCAGGUGGUGUCCGGGCCGAGCAAAGCGGGGACGGGGUCCGGGAAGGUGUGCCGUGCCCUGCGGACCCCCGGCGCAGAGCCGGCGCAAGCAGCACCACGCAGCUGUCACUGCUGACACGGUGCAUCGCGCACACGCACAGCUGUCAGACCCAGGUUCAGGAUGCCCAGCGUCUGGCAAGGCCUGCCCCUGGCCCCUGCCCCCAGCUGGCAGGACCAACAAGGGGUCCCGUGUCAUGCUGGUGGGGGACUCAGGAGUGGGGAAGACCUGCCUGCUUGUGCGCUUCAAGGAUGGGGCUUUCCUGGCAGGGACCUUCAUCUCCACCGUGGGCAUCGACUUCAGGAACAAAGUUCUGGACGUGGAUGGCAUGAAGGUGAAGCUGCAGAUCUGGGACACAGCUGGCCAGGAGCGUUUCCGCAGUGUCACUCACGCCUACUACCGUGACGCACAUGCACUGCUGCUGCUCUAUGAUGUCACCAACAAGGCCUCCUUCGACAACAUCCAGGCCUGGCUGGCUGAGAUCCAGGAGUACGCCCAGCACGACGUGGUGCUCAUGCUGCUCGGCAACAAGGUGGACUCUGCUCAGGAGCGUGUGGUCAAGAGGGAAGAUGGGGAGAAGCUAGCCAAGGAGUAUGGGCUGCCCUUCAUGGAGACAAGCGCCAAAACAGGGCUCAAUGUGGACUUGGCCUUCAUAGCCAUAGCAAAUCACCCUACCCCACAGGGAGUUGCAGCAGCGCUCCACGAAGGCCCCCAGUGGGGCUUGCUUCCAGCUGCAUGACUAUGUCAAGAGGGAGCGCCGAGGGGCCUCGUGCUGCAGACCCUGAACCUGCCAGGCUCGACUGUCCGCAGGUCCCUGACUUUUGCCACCCAGCAGCCAAUCACAGGGUGUCUGUUUCCAGGGCUCCCAGGCUGAGCCUGCCCUUACUUUGUCCUGGAAGACAGUCUAAGAACCUCUGUCUCAACAGGCUUCAGGCAGUCAGCAGGUCUGCGGCCCCCUUUCACCUGCUGCUGCCUGAGGACAAGGCCCCCAGGGCCUUCAGAGAAGUAGUUCUUCUGUUGACUUUGUCAGGCACACCUGGCUUCAAGGCUGGGCCCUUGUGCUGGCACCACACAUACAGUGCCUAACCCCCCCAGAAAGCCAUGUCUUCAGCUGCCCUGCAUGGCGCAGGAGCCUUCACUGGCAGUCACUGCCAGCUUUUGUGCCCCAAGGACCAGGGCUGCCUGCUCCCAGCCCACACUAAGGGGCUCUGGUUUAAACAUCAGAGUCUACAUAACACAGUACCUUGGAGGAUGCCAAAGCCAUUGCUUUGAAUAAAUCACAUAAGUUGCCAGGGAAACUAGGAUUGCUGGCCCACAACUGAGGCUUGUGCUUGUCAAGGUCAGGCCUGGGGUUGGUAGUAUGCUCCACCUUGUACUAAAAUCAAGUCAGCUUUUAGUUCAAAACCUUUGUUUCAUUCUUAGUGAAUAAAGUUAUGCUUUCUGGA